AUGUUCAAAGUAUUUCAUACCCUGCGACGCACACUCUAUGAAUUGGCAAAUGGGGUCUGCGAAUUUGUCAAAGAAAUCUUGUUUGAUGAGGUAAGUUUCCUACACAAUUUACGGCAUAUUAGAGAAUGAAUUUCGCGCGUUGUAUAUAUAAUAAAAUACACUACAUCGCUCGUAUAUUCUUGCUAUGUUUCGACUCUCGUUAAAUUGAAAAAAAAAAGCGGACAUAAUAUCGAUUUUAUUCAUUUAGGAGGAACCGUUAGCCGGGCAUUACCGAGCGAACGUUCGUCGCAUACAAGCCGAGCUGCGGCGAGCCAAGCUCGAGCUUAAAGCAGAAAAGACAAAAACAAACAAGCUGUCUGGCGCUCUACAACUCAAAGACAAUAAGUACAAAAAACAACAAGAACACACAGACGCGAGCUUGGCUGCAAUUGUGUCGAAAAUGCUGUUACUGGAAGGCGAACUCAGGCGAGAAAAACAAGACAUAAACGAAACAAUAGAUGUCAAAGAUAAAACGAUCGCGUGGCAAGAGGAGCGAAUUUUAAGACUGGAACGAGUCAAUAUGCAAUUGCGACAAGAGGUGACGAGGUUGAGAUACCCGCACAAAGGCGAAAGGCCGAGGGAUACUAAUUUAGAUACGACAAUAAAAAGCGUAGGACCAUAUAGUCUUGAAACGCUAAACGAGGAGACAAUUUGUUAA